AUGCAUCAAAACCAGGGAGGACGUCAUCAUUACAGGAAGGCCUUGGACCUGGACCUGGACCUGGAGUUGGUCCAGCAUAAUCUUUUACCUUCUUGGUUUAGUAAUCAUUUUGGAGGAGGGAGCAGUAAAAUAAGGAAGAGAAAAAAAAAAACUACCAGGAGCAACUUUGAUGCAUUUACGGAAUACACCUCAACAGAGAAUGGCACUUCAACAAUUGGAUCCACCACAAUAGCAGAUUCAACAACUGAUGAUCAUUCUACCAUAUAUAAUGGACGCCGCAGGGAUGGACCAGGGAAUAUUAGUUAUCAACGUAUGUAA